UAAUGUAAUUAAAAAAUGUAAAAAAAAGCUGUUCGAAUAAUUUUACCUGAUAAGCAAUCGCUUUCCUCUGAUCAUUUGAUAUCACUUCAAUAUUCAUUCUUGAGAAGUUCUGUUGGCAUUUUUAUCUGUCCACAUCCAUUUAUAAACAACGGAAGCUAAUUAGAGCAAAUACGCAUAAAACUUAGUGUUAGAGGAUUUCUUAAGUUGGGAAUAUUUAAAAAAGCUGUAAGAAUGGCAAAAAUUUUCUUUGGACAAAUUAUACAUACGAAGUCCUUAAGUGAUUUUGAAAUCUUUACUAGCGGCUUUAUUGCUGUUGACCAUCGAGGCAAAAUCGUCGGUGUUGGAGAUGAGAGCGAUUAUUCUUCUUGGCUAUCAGAGCACACCGAUUUUAAAGCUGCUGUUGCAGAAAGGCUCACUAAAGAUCAGUUCUUAAUGCCGGGCUUUGUCGAUUGUCACAUUCAUGCACCACAGGUCGCUCAGAUUGGGCUGGGGUUAGAUAUGACCUUAAUAGAUUGGCUCAAUACCUAUACAUUCCCCUUGGAAGCGAAAUACGAUGAUGAACAGUUCGCAGCGAAAGUAUACACCAAAGUUGUGGAAAACACAAUAAAAUCGGGCACCACGCUUGCAUCUUAUUAUGGUACCAACAGCAAAGACAGCACUGUGAUUCUUGCAAAGGAGGCAUUGCGUCAGGGCCAGCGUGCAUUGGUCGGAAAGGUGUGCUCGAAUCAAAAUAGUCCUAAUUUUUAUAUUGAAUCGACAGAAAAGGCUAUAUCCGACACUGAGGAAUUUGUUAAAGACAUACAAAACUUAAAAACAGACUUAGUAAAGCCCACAAUUACACCAAGAUUCGCAUUGAGCUGUAGCAAGGAAUUAAUGGACAAAUUAGGUGAAAUUGCCAGAAAUAAUGACUUACAUAUACAAAGCCACAUUAGUGAAAAUUUGUCUGAAAUUGAUUUUGUGAAAGCGCUCUAUAAGUCGAGUUAUGCUGAAGCAUAUGAUAAUUCUGGAUUGUUGACAUCGAAGACAAUAAUGGCUCAUGCCGUACAUUUGGAUGAUGAGGAAAUAGCUCUAUUUCAAAAACGCGGUACAUCUGUUGCACAUUGUCCGGCGUCAAAUACGAUGCUAUCUUCUGGUUUUUGCGAUGUGUUGCGAAUUAUAAAACAAGGCGUGAAAGUUGGAUUAGGCACAGAUGUUUCUGGCGGUAAUUCGAUGUCAAUACAGGAUGCGAUUUUACGAGCACUGGAUGUAUCUCAUCAUUUGGAGUUCGUGAAAAAGCAAGAUAUUAAAGGUUGUGGCCGUUCAUCAAUUCAAGAUCAACAUUAUCGACCACUUAAUUAUAAAGAAGCCAUAUAUUUGGCAACACUUGGUGGUGCUGAAGCUCUGGCUUUGAGUAAUAUCACGGGAAAUUUUGUGGCGGGUAAAGAUUUUGAUGCAUUGGUAAUCGAUACUACCAACUAUCCAUUGCACAAUUUCUAUAUUGUUGAUGAUAAUAAGCCACAGGACUUGCAGUUGUUGGAAUUGAUACAGAAAUUCAUUUAUGUUGGGGAUGAUCGCAAUAUUUUACGUGUAUAUGUAGCUGGCAAGCAAAUUAAAUAGAUACAAAAAUGUAGAUUAUAACAAACAAAUUCACUUAACUUUUUAUUAAAAUACUUUAAAUAAUAUACCUUUUUAAAAUGUGAUGACACAGAGUUGUACAACUCCAAAUUUUGUUUAUUCAAAUAAAACAUGUAUGAACAUGUAAA